AUGGGCGUUGAAAUUUUUAAUAUGGCGACUUUUGAGGCGCCCCAAGAGGCGAAAACGUUUACCGGAUCGUCACGCGCGGACGUCGCUUGCUUUGCAGGCUCUGGGUCUGGUAAACGAGACGUCUCAAAACAACACUUUUAUCCGGAUGGAGCUGGCAAGUGGGGCGGGGGCGCGGACCUUGAGUUGAGAGGCUUAAUCGAGGAGCCACCCUCCACACCACCCUCCCCUCUCAUUCCCCUUCCAUCCUUCUCCUUUUUUGAGCUGGCAAGCGGCGGCGCAGACAUGGAGCUGAGAGGCAAGUUGAAGGAAGCACCGUCCACACCACCCUCUCCCCUCAUACCCUCUAGCAAGCAGCGGCGCAGACAUGGGGUUGAGAGGCAAUAUCGAGGGGGUUCCGUGCACGCCACCCUAUUUUUGAGUCGACUCAAAAAUUCCGUGCACGCCACCCUCUCCCUUCAUACCCCGUUCCCGUCCCUCCCACCCCUCCCUCCUCCCUUCGCUGCCCCCUUUUUCCACAUGGAGCUGGCAAGUGGCGGCGCAGACAUGGAGCUGAGAGGCAAGAUCGAGGGGAUGGAGCUGGCAAGCGGCGGGGCAGACAUGGAGCUGAGAGGCAAGAUCGAGGAGCUGCGAGCAGUCUCGUCAGCCAGCGUGGCGCAGACCAAUUCAUCAAUGGAGCAGAUGCAGCAGCAGUUUGCGGCUCUGAGCCGGAGGCUGGGGGAGCUGGACAGGAGGGUGACGUCAGCCAUGCAGGACCCCACCAUGCGCCUCGUGCUGCAGGGCAGUGCCCCGCUCUUCUCCCCCUCCCUGGGGGAAGGGGAGGACCGCUCUUCUCCCCCCUCCCUGGGGGAGGAAGGGGAGAGAGGGGGGGAUUCGGAGAGGAGAGGGGAGGGUAGUCAAGGAGUGGGGAGUGAGGGGGAAGAAGCGGGGGAGGGAAAUGGCGAGGCAGGGGGGAGUGGAGAGGCGAGAAGGGGAAGUGGGGGGAGUGGUGAGGAUGCGAGGAGGGAAGGUGGGGAGAGGAGGGAGGAAGGUGGGGGAGGGAGCGAUGGUGCAGGGGCCGAUGGUCACGCGGGUGAAGGUGCUGUUGGGAGCAGCAGUGCAAGUGGUAAUCCUGCCGUUGCUGGUAGUGCUAACACCUAA